AUUCACCAUCACCACUCGCACUCGCACUAGCACUCGCCUCGCUCGAGCGAGUCAGUGUCGUGCCGGAGCUCGAGUAGUGUAGACGUUGUGUUCGAGUGAGCCGCGCGUUAACGGCUGCGUGUUCCGAUUUCGGAAUAUUUCGAUGUUAAAAUUUCACAUUUUGUUUUAUCUCGUGCAAGUUAUAAAUAUGUGUUUGUGAUUAAUAUUUGUGGGCGGUUAUUUGCCUCUCCUGGUUGUGCGGCGAUCACUUCGAGGUAUUGCGCUCGACAUUUUUGAAGACAGCAGUAAAUUCUGAAAACUAAAUACAGAUCAGAAGAGAGCUGCAUCAGGGUGCCGGGCGUAGAGCGUAGGCCGCGAUGUGGUCCGGCAAGAAGGGCAGCGAGGGCGGCGACGUCGGCACGCCCCCCGCGCAUGAAGAGGUCAAGCUGGUGCUCGUGGGCGAUUCGCAGUGCGGCAAGACCGCGCUCGUGCAGCGUCUCGUCUCCGAGACCUUCCUCGAGGCGUACACGCCGACAGGCUUCGAGAAGUACGCGUACACGUGCACAGUAGCCGACUGCAGGGUCAACUUUUCUGUGUGGGACACCUCAGGAACAACGGCGUACGACACAGUGCGCCCUCUGGCGUACCAAGACGCCAAAGUGUUCAUGCUUUGCUUCAACAUAGCAGAGCCCGACUCCCUGCACAACGCCGCUGCCAAGUGGUAUCGCGAGGUGCGAACGCACGGUGGUCCGCCGGGUGCGGGAGGCGCGGCGGGCGCAGGGGGUGCCCCGGUGUUGUUGUGUGGCUGCAAGGCGGACCUGCGCCACGACAAGGAGACCCUCACCGUGCUCUCCAAGCUGCGCACGCGCCCCGUCACCAGCGAGGAGGCGCUGUCGGUGGCGCGGCAGUUGGGCGCAACGACAUACGUGGAAACGUCAGCACGCGCGUCUGGCAAGGGUGUGCGCGACGCGUUCGAGGUAGCGGCGCUCGCCGCACUCGGCAAGCUCAACAAGCAGCAGAAGCAAGUGGGUCGCAGCAAGAGCAAGCGCGAUCUGAAGGCCGAGCUGAAGGGACGCGCGCGCAGUUGCUGCGUCAUGUGAUCCGCGGCCGGCCACCCCCCGCGGUGGCCGCACGACCUGUAGUUUACACACGCCGCGUCUUGCACAACACUUUCCAUGUCCUGCGGAGAUGUCUCCCCGAACUGUCGAUGGUUAAAUGAGUACUAAAGUGACACUUUAUAGUACAUUAAUCGACUCAAAAGCUCAAAUUUGGUGAUGAUGAUGUUUCAAAUAUCUGAAAACUUUAUUAGUUAAUUAGUUAAUUUAUUUGAAGCAUUUGGCCGCUAUAGUGUAAUUGAAAGUGGAACAAAGUUCGUUUGACUAGCGCGACUAGGACACGGCAGGGACAUGUCGUCGACAAGGAGUAUUGCAGCGUGGUCAGGGGCGCGCGCGAGCCUGUGAUACACUUAAAUUUAGAGAGAGAAAGGCUCGUACACGCAGCGAGCCACGCGGACGGUUUCUAGAUGUUAAGAUGGUAUUUACAGUGUAUACUUAAUUGUAAAGACAAUUUAUAUUGCGUACAAAUAUAUGUGUUUUCAUAUACAAUAAGUAAUAUUUUCUAUUGAAGUCGCGUUGCGAGGAUACAAUAUGUGUAUAUUAUAUGUGUACUGUGAAAUGUUUAAAAUUGCAAAUUUCGUCACAUUUGUUUUGGUAGGACCAAGUUAGUUUUGUAAAUAAGAGGGCGGGGGUUUGGAGAGGAAGCAGUUGUGAUAGCAAUACGUAAUGUAUCGUAUUAUAUGUAAGUGUAUGCACAACGAGGGACAAUACUACACACAUACAUACAUAUUUAUUAUAACAAAGGAGGUCCACUGGCGGACAGCCACGUCCACGUGCUGUUGCUGUAGUUUUGUACGUUUCUUAACGCUCGGUGUCGCUUGCAUUGUUUGCUAGCUCGCUGUUUAACUGUGUGUCACUUUAUUGUACAUUUUAUAACAAAAAAAAACUUCUUUAGAUAUAAAAAUGUUAUUUGGGCAAUCGUUCUUUUGAUGAUUGUACAAAGUAAUGUAUCCAGUCCAUAUCUCCUCGCUGUACUGGAAUUUUGUAUAAAAUGGACAGAAUCCCCUAAACUGCAAAGUCAACAACAAGUCGAGCUUCAGAAGACAUAGAAUGUGAAUAGCGCGCCGUCAGCUCGCUGCACUCAUCAGUUAUCUAAUUGUGACAUGUUAUAAUGUAACUAGUGAACAACAUUAAUGUUUGUAAUAUGAAAACGUGUAUACAAAUAAGUCUAACACAUCGACCUAAAGUGUAUUAUGUUUCUUUUACGAAUUGAUUCCUACUUAUUAUAUGUGUACAUUUUUUGACACCACUGACAAAUCACAUUGUCAUUAACAAAUAUAAUAAAGUAAUGACAGCAAUGUUUUUGUACAUGUCUUGCGGCAGUGGAAACCCACCAUAAAACGCUAACAAUCCGUCGUAAAGACAACGUUAUGGUUCUAAUUGUGUAGUGAGUAA